AUGGCUGGCUAUGAUCCUAGACUAUCACUUAACGUCGGUUCAGUGUUGUUCUAUACGAGUGAUGUAAAGAAGCCUCAUUGGACCAAGACGCAGCUAAGUCUCUUGCGAGCCAGAAAAUAUUUCCAAUCAAUUCUUCCACCGCCUGACUUUAUAGAUACCUUCAGCGAUGAUUACGUCAAUAUUUUACUAGAAUAUGUCAGAGACGCCUAUUCUAACAUCAAAAGGGAAGCAACGGAUCUUGAAACCGAUAGCAUAAUGACAGCCGCGUUAUCAGACACAUUGGGCGGAUACUUCAAAGCUUGGGUACUACCUGUAGCCAAACUCGACUACUAUGGAGGCACCAUCAGUCAAGACAACGUUAUCAAAUUAUUUCAGUUUUACAGUGAAAUCAAAUCUUAUUUAGAUACAGACGGAGAAGGAUGGUACGUACCUGAUGAUAGCUUUAUUAAUUCUAUUCCAAUAAACGUUGCUAUGAGACCCCAUGAGCAAAUGAUUGAUCCAUGUGGACAGUUUGCGUACUUUGAGAAGACGCAAGAUGGGGUAGGCAUUUUGCUACCAACUGUUAACUGGAAUGAAAAGUCAAGUACUCUAUUUGUGCCUCUUAAGAAUGUAAGUCUGAUACCUAUGAUUGCACGAGAUACAUCAAACAGUCUUGUCAAGUAUUAUGACACAGCGAAAAAUUGCCUCGCUGAAUAUAAUCCUGCCGAUAUCGAAAAGUUUGAUACAAGAUUUCAAUCUUGGCUAAUAAAGAAUAUAAUACCACAUUUAAAAGAUGAACAUCUGUAUCUUGCUUUGGGUAAUGUCCUAAGUUUAUUAAAUAUGACAAAUAAACACUAUGAUAACAUUUCACUUAUAGAUAGAUCUGCCAAACACCCUUUCUUGAUCGAACCAACAACAAAGAAAGAGGUACCGUCAAAGAAAGUAACAAUUAUAUUAAUAAUAUUGUUCCUUGAAAUAAUGUGGUGUAUUCCAGCAGUGAUUUACUUAUUAUGUUCAAAGAAGAAAAAAGAUUGCACCAGCAAUGUGUAUUUAUUUAUAGAUCAUAACAAACCAGAUAAACCUGACAAGGAAUGUCCUCUGCAGGACAAUAAACAAAACAAUACCAAAUUUUGCAGAAAAAAUACCACUAUAAAUCCAAUAAAGAUCAAUCCGGACUGUAAAUCUAUAGAUUCAGAAGACUUAGAAACCCAAUUCCCGUCAACGGUAGUCUGCCGAACUAGUACUAUUACUAGCGCACUACAACUAGGUAGGAAGAAAGAGGCAUAUUACAUGGAAUUCCAAGGACAAUAUCCUUCUUCUCAUUUAACAAGAGUUACGGGAACAGGAUCGCGAGCUUAUUAUAGCUACAAAAAUCAGUCAUCCGAGGCUAUAGGAACUCCUCCCAAUCCACAUGAUAACAAAAUAUCAGCAUCAAAGAAAAGGUCAGAUUCUCCUAGGACUGUAGAAGCAAAUCACGUAAAAGCUUUACCAAGUCAAAGCGGAUUUGCACACUCCGAAAUGAACGUAAACAGCUUACCUAAAAAGAUCUAUGUUAGUAAAGACAGCAAAGUUUUAAUAACACCUAAUAACAAUAAAAGUUCUAAAAAUGUUUCCCGGAGGAAAACGAACCAUAGCAGAGAUCAAAAAACAGUGGCACAGAACAAAGUAGAGAACCAAUAUUAUGAAAAUGUCGUAGAGAAAAAAAAGGUUAAACCAGUGAAAAUACCGUCUGCAAUAUUAAAGACAUCAGACCCCAAAUGUGUAAAAAAAUCUGCAGCUUCUUUGAUAACAACCAAAGAAUCUGCAACUGUCCAUAUAGAAAAAGAACAAUCCAAUGUUUUUUAUUUUGCAGACACUGCAAUUUGUCCUUGUACUGGAUGUGAACACGUUGUAAGUGCCGUUCAGGAAGAGAUAUCUGAAGAGGUUUCUGUGAAAAAACAAUUGCUCACCGACAACAUAGUGCAACCUAUCGUAUCGUCAAAUACAGAGUACAAUAUUGAUAACAAACUAAUUGAAAUCAAAUCACCUCGUCCAGUCAAAGAAUAUCUUAUGUCAACUAGGUCUAAAAAAAGUAACAUUGAGAUAAGCGAUAAUGUAACAAACUAUUUUGAGAUGUCUAUUGAAGAGCCUAUGACAGAAAUAAGUCUGAAUAUAGGGCCAGUACAAAUUACUAAAGAAUAUAAGCGAAGUAAGAUCCCAAAACUGACAAAUAGUUCGAAAUUAGUUAUAUCGAGAAUAUCUGAACGUAUACAAGAAGCGUUGAGCCCCAUUCCGGAGGUCAAACAUAAAAGUUUAAUACCACAACCCAAGAAAAAAACUCUUGAUGAUAUGGCUUUGGUUUCGCCUAGUUGUGGAACAAUUGCGUACAACCAACUUAAUGAAACAUUUUAA